GCAUCAGCUUGGCACAAUAUUCACCAUCAAAUGGAACAGAUGAUCUGCUAGCCUUGCUUGCUUUUAAGGCUCGCAUAAGCCAUGAUCCCUUUCACCUUGUGAUCAACUCUUGGAAUGAUUCCGUCUCCUAUUGCGAGUGGCCAGGCGUUAUAUGCGGUGGUCGCCGGCAUUCAAACAGAGUUAGAGCCUUGCGUUUAUAGUCGAGUGGGUUGGUUGGUUCCAGGGCACCAGAAAUUGGAAACCUCAGCUUCCUCCAAGAGAUUUCACUCCAAAACAACAGCUUCCAUGGUGUAAUCCCUCAUGAAGUAAGCUCUCUAUCCAAGCUUCGUUAUUUAUUCCUACACAACAAUUCUUUUGAAGGAAAAAUCCCACCUAACAUAUCAUGUUGCUCCAACCUCAUAGUACUUGAGUUAAGUCGCAACAAUAUUGUGGGGAAAAUUCUGGUACAUCUCGGCACUUUGUCAAAGCUUCAAGUCCUUGCAAUCAACGACAACAAAUUGAUGGGACAAAUCCCACCUUCCUUUGAUGGGAAUCUGUCAUCUCUUUACACCCUUGAUGCAGGAAACAAUGGUUUUAGUGGAAGUAUUCCAAAUUCCCUUGGCCAAAUCAAAAGAAUAGUGAAUCUCAGACUUGGUGUAAAUAAGUUGUCUGGUACUAUACCUUCUGCUAUAUAUAAUCUUUCCUCACUCCGUGAUUUUGUUGUCCAAGAAAACCAACUUCAGGGGAGUCUUCCACCAAAUUUAGGUUUCAGCCUUCCUAAUCUAAGGAAGCUUUCAAUUGGACGAAACCAAUUUCAUGGACCACUUCCAAUUUCAAUUUCGAAUCUUUCAAAUCUUGUACAACUAUAUGCUCACAACAACAAUUUUACUGGGAAAGUGGCUAUUCAUUUUGGAGGCUUAUCAAAACUCACUGUGCUUACAUUGGUCUAUAAUCAUUUGGGAAGUGGAGAAGCUGAUGACCUGAGUUUUAUGAACACACUGACCAACUGUAGUAGUUUAGCACGUUUGUGGCUUGCUGUUAAUCAGUUUGGUGGUGUGUUACCCAACUCCAUAGCAAACUUGUCAACUCAACUCAGAGAGAUUUCAAUCAGACACAAUAGAAUAUAUGGAAAUAUCUCACCAGGGAUAGGGAAUCUUGUAAGCUUAAGUGUUUUAAGCCUAACUGAUAACUUACUUGAAGGAAGUAUUCCAACUUCAAUUGGGAGACUUCAAAUGCUAGUUAUACUUUACUUGGCUGGGAAUAAAUUCACAGGACCAAUCCCUUCUCUUGGAAACUUGACAAUAUUGAAUGAGCUCCGUUUAGAAAAUAACCAUUUGCAUGGGAAAAUACCUUCAAGUCUUGGAAGAUGUGAAAAAUUGUUACGCUUGCAUCUUUCUGGUAAUAGUUUCAAUGGUAUCAUCCCCAAAGAGAUAUUUGAUAUUUUCACAUUAUUUGAGCUAAAAUUGAGUCGAAAUGAUUUCUUUGGUUCUCUACCUUCGGAAGUGGGUCGAUUGACUAAUCUUGAAAUCUUAGAUGUUUCUGAGAACAUGUUGUCUGGUGAAAUCCCUAGCACCUUUGGUACUUGUAUUAGCCUAGAGCAACUUUUUAUGGAGGGUAACUUAUUUCAAGGAUCUAUACCAUUGGCUCUGAGUUCUUUGCGAGGUCUUCAAGAUUUAGAUCUUUCAUGCAAUAACUUCUCUGGUUUUAUCCCAAUAUAUUUGGGAACGUUUCGAGUUUUACAAAAUUUAAAUUUAUCAUUUAAUCAUUUGGAAGGUGAGGUACCAACAGAAGGGGUCUUUGGAAAUUUGAGUGUCGUUUCACUCAUAGGAAACAAUGAGCUUUGUGGAGGUAUACCUGAACUUCAUUUGCAAGCAUGUCAUACCAAUAAGUCAAAAGAACAUGGCAGGCCUAAUGUUUUCAAGUUGAUAGCCACCAUAUGUGGUUGUGGGGUCUUUCUGUGUUUGAUUUUUAUGACAUUUUUUUUCAUUAUCUACCAGAGAAGAAAAGAAAGGAAAGAAUCCAUAACAUUUUUGAUAGGGGAUCAUCAUUGUAAGAUCUUUUAUGCCCAACUUCUUAAAGCUACCAAUGGUUUCUCUUCAACAAAUUUGGUUGGCGUGGGGAGUUUUGGUUCUGUGUACAGAGGUGUUCUCAAUCAUGGGGAAACAAUUGUUGCAGUAAAGGUACUCAACAUUGAACAAAGUGGUGCUUCUAAGAGUUUCAUGGCCGAAUGUAAAGCCCUUAGAAACAUUCGACAUCGUAAUCUUGUCAAAAUCUUAACAUCUUGCUCAAGUAUAGAUUUUGAAGGAAAUGAUUUUAUGGCAUUAGUAUAUGAAUUCAUGCCUGGUGGAAAUUUGGAGGAUUGGUUACAUCCACAUGCAAAUAGCGUACAAGAUGAAGAAAGGCAUUUGAACCUUAUUCAAAGAUUGAAUAUUGCUAUUGAUAUCGCAACAGCAUUGGAUUAUCUUCACCAUCAUUGUCAUGUGGAGAUUAUUCACUGUGAUCUAAAGCCAAGCAAUAUUCUUCUAGAUGAUCAUUUGACUGCACAUUUGGGUGACUUUGGGAUAUCAAGAAUUCUUUCAAAAGCUACAGGUAGAUCUCAAAAUCAAAUUAGCUCAAUCGAAAUAAAGGGAUCUAUUGGAUAUAUUGCACCAGAGUAUGGUGCAGGUGCUGACGUUUCAACACAUGGAGAUGUAUACAGUUAUGGAAUUUUCUUGUUAGAGAUGUUCACAGGGAAGCGACCUACUAAUGAAAUGUUCAAGGAUAACUUUUAUCUUCACAGCUGGGCUAAGAUGGCUUUGCAUGAUGGAGUGAUGGCUAUCAUCCACCAAUCCCUUCUACCCAUGGAAAAUGAUGAAGAAGAAUUAGAAACAACUAAAGGCAACAUCACUGGAAGUCAAAGAUGCAUGAAGGAUAGAGUACGUGAGUGUCUUAAUUCAGUUAUUAAAAUUGGAGUUAUAUGCUCAGCUGAAUCACCAUGGGAUCGAAUGAACAUGAAUGAUGUACUCAAAAAGCUAAACUUGAGUAAAAAUUAUUUCUUUGGGUUUCUACCUUCGGAAGUGGGUCAACUGACCAAACUUGAAAUCUUAGACGUUUCUGAGAACAUGUUGUCUGGUGAAAUCCCUCACACCCUUGGUGCUUGUACAAGCCUGCAACAUCUUUAUAUGAAGAGAAACUUAUUCCAAGGCUCUAUACCAUUCUCUCUGAGUUCCCUAAGAGGUCUUGAAGAUUUAGAUCUUUCACACAACAACUUCUCCGGCUUUAUCCCAAAAUAUUUUGAAACAUUUAAGUUUUUCCAAAAUUUAAAUUUAUCAUUUAAUCUUUUGGAGGGUGAGGUACCAACAGAAGGAGUCUUUGGAAACUUGAGUGCAAUUUCAGUCAUUCAAAACAAUAAGCUUUGUGGAGGAAUACCAGAACUUCAUUUGUCAACAUGCCAGGCCCAAAAGUCAAAAGAAGAUGGGAAGCCUCGUCUUUUCAAGUUGAUAGUCAUCAUAUGUGGUUGUGGGGCCUCUCUAUGUUUGAUUUUUAUGAUAUGUUUUUUCAUUAUCUGCCGGAAAAGAAAAGAAAGGAAAGAACCGACAACAUGUUUUAUAGAAGAUCGUCAUUUUAUGAUCUCUUAUGCCCAACUCCUUAAAGCUACCGAUGGAUUCUCCUCAGCAAAUUUGAUUGGAGUGGGGAGUUUUGGGUCUGUGUACAAAGGUGUCCUCAAUCAUGGGGAACUAAUUGUUGCAGUAAAGGUCCUCAAUGUUGAACACAGAAGUGCUUCCAAGAGUUUCAUGGCCGAAUGUGAAGCUUUUAGAAACAUCCGGCAUCGUAAUCUUGUCAAAAUCUUAACGUCUUGCUCAAGUGUAGAUUUUGAAGGAAAUGAUUUUAUGGCAUUAGUAUACGAAUUCAUGCCUAGUGGGAAUUUGGAGGGGUGGUUACAUCCACAUGCAAAUGGCGUACAAGAUGAACAAAGACAUUUAGACCUUGUUCAAAGACUGAAUAUUGCCAUUGAUAUUGCAACAGCACUGGAUCAUCUUCACAAUUAUUGUCAUAUGCAAAUUAUUCAUUGUGAUCUAAAGCCAAGCAAUAUUCUUCUUGAUGAUGAUUUGACUGCACAUUUGGGUGAUUUUGGGAUAUCAAGGAUUCUUUCAAAAGGCACAGGUAGAACUCAAAAUCAAACUAGCUCAAUCGGAUUAAAGGGUUCUAUUGGAUACAUUCCACCAGAGUAUGGUGCAGGUGUUGACGUUUCUACACAUGGUGAUGUAUACAGUUAUGGAAUUUUCUUGUUAGAGAUGUUCACAGGGAAGCGACCUACUGAUGAAAUGUUCAAGGAUAACUUUUAUCUUCAUAGCUGGGCUAAGAUGGCUUUGCAUGAUGGAGUGAUGGCUAUCAUCCACCAAUCCCUUCUACCCAUGGAAAAUGAUGAAGAAGAAUUAGAAACAACUAAAGGCAACAUCACUGGAAGUCAAAGAUGCACGAAGGAU